AUGUCUUAUAAUCAAGAUUAGUAAUUCUUCAGCAAGAGGAGUCAAUUGACAUAUUAGAUAAGUGAAAGGCAAUAAGGAUACAAGAAUAGUGAUGGAAUCGAUAGGUUUGCAUAUGAAAGAAAGAUUAAUGAUAAAGGAAGAAAGCAAAUAAGAGAAAGAAAUUUGAUUGGUUAAAUAUCUACAACUAACCAUUAUAUGAACAUUGAAGAAGAAUAAGUAGAGCAAUUUGAAGUUGAAUUGAAGGGACUUGGACAAUACCUUGGCAUUAGUUCAAUUUCACAUAGAGUUAUUUUUUUAUAGGAGCAAUAACCUAUAAAAAAUCCAAAUUAUUGUCCGUCACCUCAAGAAUAAUUAACUUAUUCUAUUCCAUCUAGCUAUAUAAAUGGAAAUUAAACAAAUUAAAUUCUAGAUGAAAUUUAGCUUAAUUUAAUUUAAGAUAGAUAUAAGAAUAAUCCAGUUGGGCUGACAUGGAAACAAUCAAACUAAUAAGUCAGAAUUUAAAAAUAGAGUUCUGUACUCUCAUUAAGCAAGAGAGCCCUUCUCCCUGAAAAAUAAUCAUUCACAGGAAUUUACUAAAAUAAGGGUGCUAUAAAUUAUUAUCCUUAUUCUGAAUGA